AAAGUGGUGGUCUCUACGUCACGUUCACGUUUCUCUCAUUCUUUUCCUCCUUUUUCAUACAUAGCCACACUCACACCCCGCAUGCCGGUACCAAAUCUCCAUUCUAUCACCACGGAGGCUUUGCUGCCGUAAUCCCAUCAUCGCCGCUCUCCUCUCUUUCAAACAACCAAGACUACACUGUAUCCAUCGCCACCGUCACCGUCACCGCCGCUGAGUGUCGUCACCGCUGCCGUUCCUCCUGCUCGUCCCCAUCCCCUGAAUCAACACACCCACGCACUCUACACCCCGCCAUGGCGGACGCGCCCCCUCCAUACACGACCACGCCUACGCAGCCGCCGCCGUACAGCCAAAAAGCCGACGGCGAAGAAGUUCCCCCUGUAGGGUUCAACGUGCCCAAGGGAGGGACUGAAUACGUGGUGGCGCCCGCCCCGGUGUCCCCUCAGCCUGUUGCGACUCACGUGGUGGUGGUGCAGCAGCAGGGCUCCUGUCCCGUCUGCAAGAUGGGGCACGUGCGGGAGGAGUUCACGCUGUGUGGAAUGUUUAUGGCCAUCGUGUUCUUCCCGUUCGGCCUGAUCUGCUGCCUAAUGAUGAGGGUGCGACGCUGCUCCCACUGCCGGGCCGUCGUCAUCUAACGCCCCCACUCCCACUCCUCUCACCGCGAGCCGUCUGCCACCAUCGCUGUCACUUCCACCACAACUGAAUAUCGCGAGAGAGAGAGAGAGAGAGAGAGAGAGAGAGAGAGAGAGAGAGAGAGAGAGGGGGGGGAGGGGGGAAGACCGGUAGGGCCAUUAAAUUCCCAUUCUUAAACGUCUCAGCUUCUUAUCACAAUUAGUUUUUACGUAGUGGAAAUUAUGGUUUCCUCAAGAUUUUUUUUCCUUCUCAUCAUAAUUUUCGUAAUAGUCUAAUAAACAUUCUACAUCAACGAAAAAAGAAUUAUGAGAACUCGAUUAAUCAUCUCCGUGUCCUUUGAAAACAGUCGUGAGAGGAGUCAAGUGUUCUACAAUACGGGGCGUGUUGCAGGAGGGAGGAGAGGGGAGUGGAGGGAAGGGAAGGGAAGGGGAGGGGAGGAAGAGGGAGAGGCGCUUGGUGUAUGUGAGGAGGGAGAGCGAGCCAAGGUGACGCGCUUCAAGGUGAGCCGCUGCCUGCACCUCGCCUCCACCUUCCACCACUGCCUCGUGUGUUCGCUUCGAUGUCAUGAGGUCGAGUGUGAUGUGUCGUGAAUAAAUGACUAAAUAAAUAUAUCAUAUCAUAUAUCAUAUCUAUCUGUCUGUCUAUUAAUCUAUCUGUCGAUCUAUCUAUAGACGUAUUUCUUAUAGGUGUGUGUGUGUGUGUGUGUUCUUAUUUGUCUGUCUCCCUGUCUAUCUUUCUUUUUUGUUUUUCUGUACGUGUGUUAGUCUGUCUGUUUAUGUGUAUAUAUGUAUUAUUAGAUGGCUUAAGUUUUUCUUUUUUUAUUUACUUCACAAUGAAUUUCAUGUAAUCUUUAGUUCAUAGACUUCUCUUUACAAUUCUAAUGUACGCACACUUUGGGGAUCCACGUGUUUAUAUUAUAUUACAUUAUAUUGCAUUAUUAUCAUAGACGCUUAAUCUUUUCCCCAAUACUUUCACAUCCUGGAUAAUUUCCAGCAGAUGAACAUGCUGUGUUAUACAUUCUGAAACUAGGGACCGUAUUCUGAAACACUUCAGGCCACGCCUCGACUACUUUCAAUAAGCUCUAGUUGAUGUUCACAUUGAUUUUAAGAGUGCAGUGUUUUUUUACGGUUCUGGAGACAGAUUAACAAGAUUUCCUCAACUUUACUGAGAGGAGAAACGCUAAUGAGAACCCAGCUAAUCACUUCUGUGGCCUUUGAAAGUAGUCGUAUUGAGAGAGCAAAGUGUUUCAUGAUACGGGUCUAAAUACAUUCAAAAGGACUAUCAAGGUGAGCUGCCACAACAGUAUCGCAUGCAAUGGAGGUCACAGUCGUGGUCACAAGUCCUGCAACAUACCGCACUUCCUUCCUAUGUGCUUCGUGUUUUCCUUCAGUCUUUCCUUCAAUCUCAAGUCCCCUGAAUUUGCAGCACUACUAACAAAAUCUGACAGUUGACAGGUUCUUAACAGAUCAGAGGAUAUACUUCUUUCACUGCCCGACAAGAUUUUGAAUAACCAUCUAUAACUUUUCACACCUUUUUUCCUGCACUAGUCUCUUUGGAAAAAAUCUGUAACCUAGGCAAGAUAACACUAAGCUACUCGUUUUCUCUCUUUUCUCUGUGUGUUCAUGCAACCAUUUAUAUUUACGUAAGUUGCUCUGAAUGUGAACAAAGAGCGAUCACACCGGUGUAGAGUUAAGGUUGAGAGAACACGAUGAACACAAUGAGUAGUGACUGUUACCGGACUUCUGACCUCGGCUGUACCUCACAGAACAGAUCAAGUCACGAACAGAUUAACUCUGACUGUUGUGACUUCCUCUCCAGAGUAAGUCAUUUGUCCGCUGUAAGUUGUUUUUUUUUUUAAUAUAAUUCCGAAACGCUUCCUGAGUAAUCACGUAGUUUAGUGCCUGUAUUUUUGGUUCUGCUUAAUAAAGUUACGUAAAGUUA